AUGGCUACUUUUAAGCGGGAGGAUCUCCGCCGUGUCUUUUUCAGUGAUUUGUCCGAGCAGUGCGACGAGGACAUCAUUCAUGAGCUCUGCACGCAGUUCGGUCCCAUCGCAAACAUCACGUGGCCCUCAAUCGGCAAUCUUACCGGCAGUGCACAGCACAAGACGUUCUGCUUUGUGGAUUUUAUUAACGCGGAGGACGCAAAGUACUGCUACGAGGCACUCUACCGCAGCCGUGCCAGGUUGUUUGGAAAGGAGUUGCGUGUGUCCCACGCCAGCACGGAUAUCUCAAUAAAGGAAAGCGGCAGUCAAGUACACAAUCGCCACGCCGUGCAUGAGCUGCACGAGAUUGGGGCGAAGGUUGUGGUGCGUGGUGUGGACCUCAACGUCACGGAAUACGAUCUCACAUCUUUCUUUGGGCAAUUUGGAAAGUUUGCCGUUCCGCCACGCAAGGUGCGUGACGUUGAGGGGAACUUUCGCGGUGUUGUUAUUCUCUCCUACGAAGACUUUGCAUUUAGCGAUAAGGUCAUUGAUGAGAUGGACCAGAAAGUCUAUAGGGAUCGGCCUAUUUCCGUUGCCUACGCGAUGAUGGAGGACGGCAGUGGACGACAACAUGGCACACCCGAGGAACGUGAAAAUGCCAAACUCUUCCUUGAAGAAGCACGCAAGCACGCCGAGCGCAUUGCGAAGGAACAGGCAGAACACGAGCGGGAGAAGGCACGCAGACGUCGGGAGAAUGUUUCUUGGGCGUCUGGCAUCGAUCCGUUUGCCCGAGGACAACAAAUGUGA